UCUAUUGUAACCUUGGCAACAUACAUUUUUAUAAAAAUGGCUGCUAUACCUCAUCAAGGAAUGGACGUAUUGGCAGAAGAGAACAGAGAGGGAGAGGAUGAGACGGAAGAAGAAGACCAGAGAGAGAGCAUUGAUGAAGAUGAAGAUCCUUCUGAGCUUGUUGUCCUUGAUCCUUCUCAUCCUCUUAUGGAACGGGUCCAAGCUGCUUUGAGCGAACAACUUAAAAAACAAAAUGAGAAACUGGAGCAUGAAGUAUUGGAAAAGAGAGAGUCACUCAAAGCAGCGAUAAAGACACGAGAGGAGAUUGGAGUUGAUUUGUAUGGCGUACAGCAACAGCUGGCGAGACAACAGAUGCUUAUUGAAAAGGAACAGGAUAAUCACAGUGCCAUCAUACAAGUACGUCAUCAAAAGGAGCAGUCAAUGCAGAAUAUCCAAGGAAUGCACCAGAAGAUGCAGGAGCAACUCAAGCAGGAUGAAGACCAUGCCUCUAAUCUUAGAAGUGAGAUGGAGAAUGCUGCCAUUAGACUCAACUACCUCAAUGAAGCUCACUCGACUGUACAACAGGAUAUUGCUCUCACUGUGAGGGCCACUGAGAAAGCAGUGGCUGAUGUUGAUAGGGCUCAGCAAGACAAGCUCAAGCAAGAUUUAUAUCUUGAUCGCUUGACACGUGAAGUUGAGCAACUUGAAGAGAAGAUAGCCCUAGCUAACAUGCAGUGUCAAGCUCAGGCCCAAGAAACUAAAGCAAUGAAAGAAACACUAGCUGAAGCAGCAAUGGAGCUGGAGGCUCUGUGUUUUGAGAAGAAGAAGCUCAUGGCCCAAUGGAACAGCAGUCUGGUUGGAAUGAAGAGAAGAGAUGAAGCCUACUUUGCUAUGGUCACUGCUAGAAACAUACAACAGCAGAAGAUACACAGUACCAACACAGAGCAGGAGAAUUACAAGAAGAGCAUAGUACAGGAACAGGAGCAGAAUGAACAACUGACACUGAUACUCCACAAGAUUGAGACCGACAUUAGUCACGUGAAGCGGUACAUUGGGCAGUGCGAAACUAAGACUGAAGCUUUUAAAGUUGAAUACAUGACCUACACCAGAGCUCUACAAGAAACAGAGCAAGCACUAACUGCAGUCACUGGGGAGUGUACUAUGAAGAGUAAUGAGAUACUAGCUCUGAGAACACAGAUAGAGAGAGAAGGCCUGGAGAAGAGGAGGCUGGAAGAUGCUGUCAUGGAGAAUAUGAUGCAGAGACUCACUAUGGACAAAGCUACACAGUACAGUCAGAAAUCACUUGAGAAACUACGGAAAUCAGUCCAACAACUGGAAAUGUCAAUAGCUAUAGUAGAUAAUGAGGUAUCUCAAGCAGCACUGGAAGUGUCAAAUGUUCUCUCAAUGCUAAAGAGACUUGAAGCAGCUCUUGAGGAAUCCAACGACGCCAUAAAGACACAGAACAAUGAGAUAUCAAAGAGCGAGGCUGAGAUUGGACGCAACAAUGCUCUCAUAGAGAGAAAGCAGACUCAGAUUGAUCAGAUGAAUAAGAAAAUCGAAUUAAAAAUAAGCAAAGCUGGAGGAGGCGAGAAUCUCGGCCCCUGGGAAAUGAGAAUAGACGAGCUACAGAAACAGAUAUCAGACAGUUUGGAGGUGUGUGGGAAAAUGCAGCAACAUUGGCUACGACAGCAAAACGAGCUUGUCAAGAAGACUGCAGAGAUUGACGAGCUGGUUAAAAUGACUGACGACCUUCAGAAGAAGGAGCUCAUUCUCUCACAGAAAAAGAUUCGACUUGAUGAUGAGUUGACUGGUGAAGAGAGAAGUUAUGUUGAUGUAAAGAAGAGUAUAGAGACACUCCAGAAGGACAUGGUGAGGCUAAAUGGACUCAUCACUGGAAAGAAAGGAGAGCAGCAUAAACUGGAGCAAAGCAACACCCUCCUUGAAAAGGACUUCAUCUCAGCUUUAAAGGAGGCAGAGUUGGAGUUCAUACAGCUUCAGGUAAAACUAAACCAGCUCCAUGAAGAGAAAGAAAGAGUUACCAACAGUUUACUAGAAGCUGAGCAUCAAAUUAUGCUGUGGGAGAGGAAGAUAAAGCUAGCGAAGGAGAUGAAAGACUCUGUUGAUUCUGAUGCAGGACAGGCCGAGAUCAAAGCAAUGAAAGCAGAGAUACACAGAAUGCAGGUGAGGUAUUCUCAACUACAAAGACAGCAAGAGGCCAUGAUACAAGAAAUGGAGAAAGCUGUCUAUCGAAGGGAAACCAUCAUACAAAGAAAUGAAGCUCAAUCCAAAUCUGGUAAGAACAAGCAAACUCAGGGCUACUUGAAGAAGAAGAUUGCUGACACAGGACGGAAGAUCAAACAGACCCAGAAGGACAUAUCAAACUGUGAAAGGAGCAUUGGGGCUACGGUGAAAGCUCAAAGUGACAUUAUGAAUGAAAUACAAGAGAGAGAGGCAUCCUGUGAAGCACUUAAAGAUGACAAGGAGUCUCUACAGCAACAGUUACAAGAGACAGAGAAGUCUAAACAAAUGGCAAUGUUUGAAUUAUUAUAUACGCAGUCUCAAGUUAAAAGUCUUACAGCAGCAAAAGAGAACAAGUAUCGUCUCCUACACAAAAGCAGCGAGGCUCGUUUAGCCGACAUGCAAAGACAAAAAGAGAAAUUGCAGUCAUUUUGGAGCGUCGUUCAAAAAAUCGAAAAAGAAGAAUUGAGCCAACAUCCACUUCUAGAGACACUGGGAGCUCAAAUUAUGACCAGAUUAAAGAGACUACAGCAAGAGGAACCAUCAACAGUGACAGUCUCGUGAUGGCUGUGUACUGUUUGAAAGAUUACUUGGACACACACCCACACACAUACACAUACAUGUAUAUUUUAUUGUAUUAGGUAGGGCUACAUGUACCAACACAACACACACCCAAUGCAUAACAGUGACAUGGAUAAUCAGAUUAAUAAUGAUUAAUAAAUAA